AUGAAAAGGUUUUGUGCAAUAAUACAAACCAGCUGUACACGAACUGAACAUAUAUGGUAUGAUACAAGAAAUAACAACAAUAAUACUACUCAUGUUGCCAUACAAUCUUUUAUGUUUUUGCCAUCAUCCAAUUUCGUUUGUCGCACAUUCAGUGAUGACGUUUGUCGAAAGUAUCAUGAACGUAAUCGUAGUUAUGAAGAAGAGGAAAAAUAA